ACGCGAACGGUUUUCCCGUGGGGAACCCUCACCCCGAGGCAUUUCGGGAGAGGGGCAUCCGCAGAGAGGCGGGAUGCUGCGGUGCCAACACGCACAGCUACUUAAAUUCCUUUGUGUGUCAUCAGCCCGGGGAAGACACUUUAGGGCGGAAGGAUAGCCUCAUCCAGCUUCUGCAGAUCACCCCUGGGAUCUGGCGCGCGCACGGAGAAAGGAUGCGGCCGAGGGGGUGGGCGGGGAGGACGCGGGGACCGGAGCGGUGCCUUUGAGGGAGGGCUGAUAUCCCAGCCCUUCCAGGGCUCUGUGGCGGCUGCACAGGCUCCUUUCCCCUCUCCCUUAUUAAUCCCCACGCCCCAGGCAGAAAUGGGAUCUUUGAGAAGUCUCAAAUGGGAUAUUUGAGUUCUCAAAGAUCCCAUUGGAGGUGGAUCCCAUUUGAACUAGAAUAAAGGAGUGGAAGCGAGGUAGUGUGUGCAGCCUACGCUCUUGGUAACUCGUCUAUCUCCUACCAUCCCCGUCUCCCCCACCUCGCCUCAGGAGCUAGACGUCAGCUUGCAGCGGCGCCGGACCGUGGAUGGCCUUGACUGACGGCGGCUGGUGCUUGCCGAAGCGCUUCGGGGCCGCGGGUGCGGACGCCAGCGACUCCGGAGCCUUUCUAGCGCGGGACCCCUCCACGCCGCCUUCCCCCAUCUCUUCCUCGUCCUCCUCCUGCUCCCGGGGCGGAGAGCGGGGCCCCGGCGGCGCCAGCAACUGCGGGACGCCUCAGCUCGACGCGGAGGCAGCGGCUGGACCCCCGGCCCGCUCGCUGCUGCUCAGCUCAUACGCUUCGCAUCCCUUCGGGGUUCCCCACGGACCUUCGGCGCCUGGGGUCGCGGGCCCCGGGGGCAACCUGUCGACCUGGGAGGACCUGCUGCUGUUCACUGACCUCGACCAAGCCGCGACCGCCAGCAAGCUGCUGUGGUCCAGCCGCGGCGCCAAGCUGAGCCCCUUCGCACCCGAGCAGCCGGAGGAGAUGUACCAGACCCUCGCCGCUCUCUCCAGUCAGGGUCCGGCCGCCUACGAUGGUGCGCCCGGCGGCUUCGUGCACUCUGCGGCCGCGGCGGCAGCAGCCGCGGCGGCGGCCAGCUCCCCGGUCUACGUGCCCACCACUCGCGUGGGUUCCAUGCUGCCCGGCCUACCGUACCACCUGCAGGGGUCGGGCAGUGGGCCAGCCAACCACGCGGGCGGCGCGGGCGCGCAUCCCGGCUGGCCCCAGGCCUCGGCCGACAGCCCCCCGUACGGCGGCGGAGGCGGAGCGGCUGGCGGUGGGGCCGCGGGGCCAGGCGGCGCUGGCUCGGCCGCGGCGCACGUCUCGGCGCGCUUCCCUUACUCGCCCAGCCCGCCCAUGGCCAACGGCGCCGCGCGGGAGCCAGGAGGCUACGCGGCCGCGGGUAGUGGGGGCGCGGGAGGCGUGAGCGGCGGCGGCAGCAGCCUGGCGGCCAUGGGCGGCCGCGAGCCCCAGUACAGCUCGCUGUCGGCGGCACGGCCGCUGAACGGGACGUACCAUCACCACCAUCACCACCACCAUCAUCAUCCGAGCCCCUACUCGCCCUACGUGGGGGCGCCACUGACGCCCGCCUGGCCUGCCGGACCCUUCGAGACCCCGGUGCUGCACAGCCUGCAGAGCCGCGCCGGAGCCCCGCUCCCGGUGCCCCGGGGCCCCAGUGCAGACCUGCUGGAGGACCUGUCCGAGAGCCGCGAGUGCGUGAACUGCGGCUCCAUCCAGACGCCGCUGUGGCGGCGGGACGGCACCGGCCACUACCUGUGCAACGCCUGCGGGCUCUACAGCAAGAUGAACGGCCUCAGCCGGCCCCUCAUCAAGCCGCAGAAGCGCGUGCCUUCAUCACGGCGGCUUGGAUUGUCAUGUGCCAACUGUCACACCACAACUACCACCUUAUGGCGCAGAAAUGCCGAGGGUGAACCCGUGUGCAAUGCUUGUGGACUCUACAUGAAACUCCAUGGGGUGCCCAGACCACUUGCUAUGAAGAAAGAGGGAAUUCAAACCAGGAAACGAAAACCUAAGAACAUAAAUAAAUCAAAGACUUGCUCUGGUAAUAGCAAUAAUUCCAUUCCCAUGACUCCAACUUCCACCUCUUCUAACUCAGAUGAUUGCAGCAAAAAUACUUCCCCCACAACACAACCUACAGCCUCAGGGGCGGGUGCCCCGGUGAUGACUGGCGCGGGAGAGAGCACCAAUCCCGAGAACAGCGAGCUCAAGUAUUCGGGUCAAGAUGGGCUCUACAUAGGCGUCAGUCUGGCCUCACCGGCCGAAGUCACGUCCUCGGUGCGACAGGAUUCCUGGUGCGCCCUGGCCCUGGCCUGAGCCCAUGCCGCCAAGAGGCAGAGAGGGCUCCGCCGCGGGCCUCACUCCACUCGUGUCUGCUUUUGUGCAGCAGUCCAGACAGUGGCGACUGCGCUGACAGAACGUGAUUCUCGUGCCUUUAUUUUGAAAGAGAUGUUUUCCCCAAGAGGCUUGCUGAAGAGUGAGAGAAGAUGGAAGGGAAGGGCCGGUGCAACUGGGCGCGUUGCCUCCCUCUCUGGCCAGGGCCACUCCAGCCAGCCCGCCUCCGGGGCGGACCCUGCUCCGCUUCCAGAAACCAGGACUAGGACCUGGGCCUUGCCUGCUAAGGAAUAUUGAGAGAGAUUUUUUAAAAAAGAUUUUGCAUUUUGUCCAAAAUCAUGUGCUUCUUCUGAUCAAUUUUGGUUGUUCCAGAAUUUCUUCAUACCUUUUCCACAUCCAGAUUUCACGUGCGUUCGUGGAGAAGAUCACUUGAGGCCAUUUGGUACACAUCUCUGGAGGCUGAGUCGGUUCAUGAGGUCUCUUGUCAAAAAUAUUACUCAGUUUGCAAGACUGCAUUGUAACUUUAACAUACACUGUGACUGACGUUUCUCAAAGUUCAUAUUGUGUGGCUGAUCUGAAGUCAGUCAGAAUUUGUAAACAGGGUAGCAAACAAGAUAUUUUUCUUCCAUGUAUACAAUAAUUUUUUUAAAAAGUGCAAUUUGCGUUGCAGCAAUCAGUGUUAAAUCAUUUGCAUAAGAUUUAACAGCUUUUUUUAUAAUGAAUGUAAACAUUUUAACUUAAUGGUACUUAAAAUAAUUUAAAAGAAAAAUGUUAACUUAGACAUUCUUAUGCUUCUUUUACAACUACAUCCCAUUUCUAUAUUUCCAAUUGUUAAAGAAAAAUAUUUCAAGAACAAAUCUUCUCUCAGGAAAAUUGCCUUUCUCUAUUUGUUAAGGAUUUUUAUACAAGAACACCAAUAUACCCCCUUUAUUUUACUGUGGAAUAUGUGCUGGAAAAAUUGCAACAACACUUUACUACCUAACGGAUAGAAUUUGUAAAUACUCUAGGUAUCUGUAAACACUCUGAUGAAAUCUGUAUAGUGUGACUAACCCACAGGCAGGUUGGUUUACAUUAAUUUUUUUUGAAUGGGAUGUCCUAUGGAAACCUAUUUCACCAGAGUUUUAAAAAUAAAAAGGGUAUUGUUUUGUCUUCUGUA